AGAGAGAGAGAGAGAGAGAGAGAGAGAGUAAAGGAACGAAAAAAAAAAGAGGAGGUUUAAUCGCGUUUUUGUAAAAAAGAGAAAUAUUAAAAGCAAAAAGCAAUAGAUAAAAAAAGAAAGAAGAUAGAGAUAGUGUCGAUAGGUGGGAGGGUGUGUGCGCAUAAAAAACGAAAGAAAAGAGAUCGGCAGCCAUAUUUUUCCGACAUCGUUUCAUUCUAUGGCUCAUAGUGCCGUUUCUACUUGGAGUCUUUGAAGCUGCUACUCGUCAGCGACCUCGACGAGCCAACGGAUUCGCGCCGCCGCCGUGUAGGAAUUUAAAGAGGAUGGCCGAGGAAAGGAGUUAGUGUAAGAACUCGGAGAGAUAGAGACGGACGGAUAAAGAGAGAAAGAAAGAAAGAAAGAAAAAGAGAGAGAAAGAGAGAGAGAGAGAGAAAAAAAAAGAGUAGGAGAGAUAACGAUAAGGUAUCGGACGCUAAUGAUACGGUGUGGCGGCCGAGAGAGUAUCGAGUGUGCGUGUAAACGGUGCUAGAAGAGCGCGAGAAUCGGCGGACGUUCUUUCGUCUGGUUUUUGGAAGAAAAAAAAAAAAAAAGAAAGCACGAAGAUCAAAGGUGGAGAAUAAAAUCGCUACUACUACGUGUUAGGUUAUCUGCGAUUUUCUAACGUCUAACAAGGAGAACGAGACGGCAGUACGGUCGCGACAUUUUUGUGAGAACAACGACGACGACGAAGAACGACGGAGAAGGGGCCUUCGAUCUUACGAAGAAUCUCAGCUCAUUCUUCGUGGUUCAUCAUUCCUCGUCAUUAUCAUCGUCAUCGUCUUCAUCAUUCACAUUGUCAUCGUCAUCAUCAUCAUCUUUUUCCUCAUCUUCCUUCUCUUCUUCUACGUCGAUAGGCUACCCGUGAAAACGGAAACCUUUGGUAUAUCUCCCACAUCGCACACAGUUACGCGAUACCGCGUACAUCAGCUCCACGAGAUGGAAAAACGAGCUGCUUUUGUGCUGCUGGGAAUGCUAUAUUUAGCGGGCACCCUCGAGUCGGUCCAAGCAGUGAACUAUUCGGGACCGGCGAUCGUACACAAGGGUCAACCUUGGAGUAUCGAAUGCAGCGGCCUCCAGCCGGACGAUAACAUUAGGUGGACCAGAAACGGUCAGACUCUCGAGCCGGAGUUGGCGAGCGGUCAAUUGAUCGUCCGUUCGAAGGCCAAGACCGGAGGAAGCGAGCUAGCAGCGAUUCAGGCCACGGAUUUCCACGAAGGCGACUACAAGUGCACGUCCGACAGCUCCGAAGCUUUUCAUCUAUCUCUAUAUUUCGACGUGAAGAUUCGAGUACUUACACAAAAGGAGACACCCCUUUCGUUGGAGUGCGCUAAUCGAAGCACUGGAGAUAAAGCAGCAUGGUAUAAGGAAAAAAUGCCGAUAUCGACGGCAUUGGUUGGUAAAGAGGACCUGAUCAAGAUAGACAACGAGACUGGCACCCUGGAAGUAUUGAAGAUCGACGAUAUCGUCGUUUAUGGAAAUUAUUCUUGCAAAGUAGGGAAUACUUCGACCGACUACAGGAUCGUACCGAAACCUACCGUUGUCUUACCCGAAUCGACCAGCGUCGUCGAAGGUGAAAAAUUGCUUUUAAUAUGUAACGGCAAACACAGUCCAGGUGUCAAGAUCAUAUGGACGUUUGGAAAUCAAAAUUACACCGCGAGCAAGGGUAGAGUAAAGAUUUCGCGCGACCAAGAGAGAGGAAUUUACGGUGCCGUAUUGACGGUAGAAAACAUCGAGAUGAACGAUCGCGGUAAUGUCUACUGCAGAGUGUCUUAUAAUUGGUCCGACCCGGUGGAGGGUCAUUCGGCGCAAGGUGCCACUUUACUUAGGGUCAAGGACAAACUCGCCGCACUUUGGCCUUUCCUUGGUAUCUGCGGUGAGGUCGUCGUACUUUGCGCCAUUAUUCUUGUUUACGAAAAGAAACGAAAUAAGGCCGAACUUGACGAGUCCGAUACCGAGCAGAGUCCCGACACUAAACCAACGCCUAACAAGGAUUCCGAUGUCAGGCAGAGAAAGUGAAGAGUCAGAGUUUAAGCGGCGGAAGAACGAGCGCGAUGCGUAUACAUAUAUACCAAGAGAAAAAGAAAAUGAGAUAAGGAAAACGAAACGUGGUAUUUCAUGGAGUGACAACUUAAAACCAGCCCGGAAUACUUAGCGCAUAUGGAUCUUCAUCGAAGAAGGAAAAUAAAAAUACAGAUUGAUAGAUAGAAAGAAUGUAUGUAUAUGUAUCUGUGUAUGUUUGCAUGUAUGUAUGUGUGUAUCAUGUAUGAAAGAGAAAGAAAGAAAAAGGGAGAGGGCAGAGAGAGAGAGAGAGAGAGAGAGAGAGAGAGAGAGAGAGAGAGAGAGAGAGAGAGAGAGAGAGAGGGGGAGGGAGGGAGGGAGAGAGGGAGAGAGGGAGAGAGAGGGAGGGAGGGAGGGAGAGAGGGAGAGAGAGAGAGAGAGAAUGGAAGUAUUAUCUGCCAUCACAACGUGUGCUAUUGCGUAAAAGAAAGGAAAAGGAAAGAAAAGCAAAAUAUAGAAAGGAGGGGAAAGGAAAGAAAAAGGUAGAAAAAUAAAAUAAAGUAAAAUAAAGUAAAGUAAAAUAAAGUAAAGUAAAGUAAAAUAAAGUAAAAACGUGGAGCUUAUGCAUAAGCGCACGGAAAUUACCAUUUACGAACGAGUUAUAUUAAGUCUUAAUAUGGUGUUCGUUCCAUUUAUCCAAAUGUUCGUCUAUUCGUACUCUUAACUACACUGCUUUUGCUCGAUAGAAAAAUGAUGUGCUGAUGAGUCUCCGUGUGCGUGCGUCAUGCGCGUACGACGCGAUUGUGCAUGUGUGUGCGCAUGUGUAUAUGUAUAUGCGCGCACGUGUACUGCCUGCGUGUGUGUAGUGCUGCUCGAUGUGCGCGUUUUGAGAGGAAAAAAGAUGUCCGUGUAAUAACGUUUGGAGGAGAGAAAGUAAAAAGGGCGCGAGAGUCAUGAUGAUAAAUAAUGAUGACGUAAUGAUGAUGAUAAUGAUGAUGAUGGUGAUGAUGAAGAAGAUGAUGAGGCAGCGUACGGAAAAUGUAUUCAAAAUGGCGCAUUGGAUACGGCAUUACUUAUGAUAAUCUGUGCCGAACGACAAGAACUUGAAUCGGUUAUAAUUGCCGAUACGAUUUCCGCGAAGAAUGCGAUUGCACGUGCGUGUUAGUGGCUGCGAGAAACAAAAAUAAACCUUAGUUGUUGCAAUUAAUCUUAAUGUAUUAGUAUGAUGGUCGGUCGCGUAUUCGUUCACUACAUAACUUAGUAUCGUUCUUCUGAAACAAGAAAAUAAGAGGGAUUGGGAGAAGUAGAUUUGUGAGAGAUAGGGUGAGAGAGGGAGAGGGGGGGGGGAGAGAGAAAGAGAGAAAAGUCAGUCAAAAAUGAUGACUGAGCGGCAUCUCUCUGUAUGUAACUUCGUGCGCAUGAUCGACGAAAAUGGAGAAGGAAGAAACAAAUAAAAAAAAAAAAAAAAAAAAAAAAAAAAAAAAACAAAAAAAAAGAAAAAAAAAAGAAAAAAAAAACAA